AUGUCGAUAACCUCUGUACUUGCACUUGGAUUAUUUUCACAAUCAAUCUUCUUUGGUGGUAAUAUUGCCGUUUCUAGUAUAUUUAUUCCAAUUAUUCGCCAAAAACAAGUUCCGCCAAAGCUACAAGUUAAAAUGUGGGAAAAAAUAUAUGACGAUGCUUCCAAAUUAAUGGCUGGAUCUGCUUUCGUUGGUUUUCUUUGUUAUAUGUACGAAGCAUACUAA